UAAAUGACAUAACCACAACAAAUAUUUUAGUCCCAGAUUUGAAGCAUUAUUUAGUACUAGACUCCAGACUUAUUAAGUUACAAUGUCCGGCAACAAAUACAAUGAAUUAAUUAAGUUGGGUACACAAUAUGCACGUCGGAUGAACUUUCUUUCCAAUCGUAUUUUCGGCGAAGUGGCGCGUACCACCAAUGAUAAGUCCAUGAAAGUAGUUCGUAUGUUCGCUGAAGAGCCAGUGCAUAAGCGGGAUUCUUUGAAGAAUUGGUAUCCAAGGCAUGUGGAAACACAUAUUCUGAUGAAAAAUCUACGCGCCUAUGGUUUAUUCCGUGAUGAGCAUGAAGACUUUAAGGAGGAAAUGAAACGAAUGCGAAGGUUGCGUGGCAAGGCGCCACCAAAGAAGGGAGAAGGCAAACGUGCAUCCAAAAAAUAGCGUGUUUAUCUUUGUAAAUAAAAAUGUUUAUUUUAGUUAUAUGUGGAA